AUGUCGAUCUGGGACGCAUUGACGGGACGCAAGUCUCCGGCACCUCACAGCACCGGCAGCUCGACCGCACCACCCGGCAUGGACGAGGCAGCAUCACCGUCGCCAUCGCCAUCGCCGUCGCCGUCAUCGCUAUCCACCGAUUUCCACUCGCCACAACACAGCGUGUUUUCCUCGCCGACGCUGUCGUCUCCGGGCAGUGGUGGCGGCGCCGAGGUUUUCCUCCAGAGCUCGGCGUUUGCAGACCCGACGCAGCUGCACCCGCUCGCCGGCCUCAACCGCGAGACGCUCGAGUACAUCACGAUGGAAGACUCGGCGCUGUCGGACCUCCCGGGCUCGCAGUCCGCGCUGCCGUCGCGCGGCUUCACCGACGAUCUCUGCUACGGUACCGGCAUCACGUACCUGGCCGCGCUCUCGCUGGGCGGCGCCUGGGGCCUGCAAGAGGGUCUGCGACGGUCGGCCGGCCAGCCCCCGAAACUGCGGCUCAACUCCGUGCUCAAUGCGGUGACGCGGCGUGGCCCUUUUCUAGGCAACUCGGCCGGUGUCGUUGCCAUCGUCUACAACUGCACCAACUCGUAUAUUGGCUACCUGCGGGGACGACACGAUGCCGCCAACUCCGUCCUGGCCGGCGCCCUCAGCGGCAUCGUCUUCAAGAGCACACGGGGCGUGCGGCCGAUGCUGAUCUCCGGCGGCAUUGUGGCCUCGGUGGCAGCAGCUUGGGCGAUGCUGGGUGUCAUGACAAUUCGGCACCUGGCAGGCGAGAUCGCGCCGGUUGGGACGGCCGGAAAGUGCACAAAGCAUAACAAGCAGGGAGGGAAUCUUGGCUUAUAA